AUGAUGUCGACAAUGCAAAUAGACUCCUUGGAAUCAGCCCCAAAGAGACAGAAACUACAAGAACAGCAAGACCAAGCAGAACAAAUGUCUAAUUAUUUAGAAAAGCAUCAUAACCAACCCCACCACCAUCAUCAUCAUCACCAUCGCAGCCCUCAUCACACCCAUCACAGCAUGAGUCCAACCGUAAGUGAAGAACACUAUAUCCAUAAGCCACACCAUCAUCAACACCAUCGUUCUAUUACUCCAGAAGGUAAAGGACAAUACCAUCACGGACCUACCCAUGAUGUCGCUGUAAAUGCAACCUCAUUUGGUAUUCUUACUCCAAUUAGUCAUUCUCAAUCAUAUGAAUACUUGAUGAAUGAUAAUGACACACAUUUACAUCCAGUUGAACAACAUAAAAUGGUUGAUUUCCUGAUGCUUACAGAAGAUCAUUUUACGAACAAACCGCAAGCAUUACAUCACAAUGAAGAAAUGCAACUGAUGAGUGGGCUACCACCGCAACCAUAUCAACAACAACAACAAAUGCAACUGAUGAGUAUGGCACAGGAAUCGAGUAGUGAUUAUGAAUGUCCUUGUGGGCAUCUACAUGGUCCUGGACAAGGAAAUCAUCAUGAUAUAACUUGUGUUGGUUUAUCUGAUCAUCCAUUAUUAAUUGGUCCCGAAUAA